CUUAGAAAGAGAGUUCAUUCCUUCCCAAAGCUUUAAUAGCUUAGCACUUAGUAAGAAAAUCAUGUUGGGUGUUUCCCAUCUCUUGAUUAUCGUUGCUUCACUGUACAAGGUUGUGCAUGCCAACGAAGAUCAAGGAAAUGCUUCAGCAUCUAGCUGCAAGUCAUGUCACCCCUGCCAGAUGGUUGGUUUUCCCGGAUCAAAUGGCGUUCCAGGGGUGCCGGGAAACCCAGGUUUUCCUGGUAGGGAUGGCACUAAAGGAGAGAAAGGCAGCCCUGGAAAGCGGGGCGCCAGAGGAGUAGCAGGGAUUCCUGGGAAACUUGGUCCAAGAGGCCCUGAGGGUCCUAGAGGGCAGAUGGGAGAGAAAGGAGUCAAUGGUACGGGAAACCCUGGGAACCAUGGCCCUAGCGGCUCUAAGGGAAUAAAGGGGAAGAAAGGAGAUGCGGCAAAUAUUGAUCCCAGACAGCUGGCUAACUGGAAACAGUGCGUAUGGAAGUCAGAAACGAAUACGGACAGCGGCAAAAUAAAGGAAUGCUCUUUCAACAAAGUGUAUGACAAUACGGCCCUUAAAGUCUCAUUCCAAGGAAACAUUGGUGUACGCCCUGAUCAAGACUGCAACAGAUGAUAUUUUAUGUUCAAUGGCACUGAAUGUAACGUUCCUUUGCCGAUUGAUUCAGUUCUUUACACCGACUGGAGUGGUGGAAUUCCCAACACUUUUCAUCAUCAUUCCUUCGAAGGAUUCUGCGAGAAUCUCACUCGAGUCUCGGUUCGGAUUUAACUCUGGGUAGGCAAGUGCCAUUCGUUUCCACUGGGUGACGCUACCACAGGAUGGAAUUCAGUGUCCCGGAUCAUGAUUGAAGAAGUACCACCAUCCCAGUAGUCCUGUCAUCAAAGCUGAAUAGUCAAUGAGCUCAUGCGCGGAUGACGUUAGUACCUAAAUUUCAAGAGUCAAUCAAAAUUAAACCUGAGUUAAAGACUAAAUUCUUUUAGACAUAAUGCCGAGGGGAAAACUAAAUUACUUAU